AAACUUGUUAUUCAAGCUCACAAGUGACAACUGGCUUCCAGGAAAGCAGGAUUUUUACAGGAAAAUUAAAAUGAAAGUACAGUUGGGUUCAUUUUAAGGGCGUGGUGCAGGAAAGAAGACAAAAAAGAUCAGGGUGAGUCUCAUCAGAAUUUAACAUUCCACUGUGGCACUUCCAAACUUCAGCUUCUGCUACCAGCCUGCCGACAAAAGAAACAGGACUGAGACUGCCUCAGAGGGUACGUCUCCACAGCAAAAGCUGUGUAAACUGCUAGCCUACCCAAGCAAGCUUGAAUACAUCUGGCACAGCUUUUGCCAUGGAGCAGGGUGAAAAUACCUCAAUGGACUAUUAUGAGGACAACAGUGAAUCAAACUUCACCUUUGACUAUACUCAGUAUGAAAUGCUUUGUGAAAAAGAGGUGGUGAGAAAUUUCACUAAAUUGUUCCUACCUGUGUUUUAUUCACUGGCUUUCAUCGUGGGAAUUGCAGGAAAUUCAUUAGUGGUGGCAAUCUAUGCCUACUGCAAGAAACCAAAGACUAAGACAGAUGUUUAUAUCAUCAACUUGGCAAUUGCUGAUCUGUUACUGCUAUUCACCCUCCCUUUCUGGGCUGCAAAUGCAGUCCUUGGAUGGGUGCUUGGAAACAUCAUGUGCAAGGUCACUUCUGCUUUAUACACCAUGAACUUCAGCUCUAGCAUGCAGUUUCUGGCUUGUAUCAGUGUGGAUAGAUAUAAUGCCAUUUCCAAACCCCAAAGUCACCAAAGAAGUGGAAAGCAAUGCAGCGUAACCUGUAUCUGUGUCUGGUUGGUUGCCAUUUUGUUGAGCAUUCCUGAACUGAUUUUUAACACAGUCAAGAAAAACAGUGACCGGUAUGGAUGCUUUCCUGUAUUUCCAAUGGAUUUGGGAACACUCCUUAAAGCAACCAUUCAAAUCCUGGAAGUUAUGCUAGUGUUUGUGUUACCCUUUCUAGUCAUGCUGACCUGCUACUCAGCUAUUGCCAGAGCACUCUUGAGGUCUCCAAACAUUCAAAAAUCUAGGCCCCUCAAAGUUCUGCUGACAGUAGUGGCUGUUUUCAUUGUCACUCAGCUGCCUUACAAUGUAGUCAAGUUCUGGCGAGCCAUAGACGUCAUCUACUUGCUGAUUACAGACUGCGACAUGAGUAAAACCAUAGAUGUUGCCCUCCAAAUAACUAAGAGUAUAGCCUUGUUUCACAGCUGCCUGAAUCCAAUCUUGUACGUCCUUAUGGGAAACUCUCUUAAAAUGCACAUUAUGAAAACAGCAAAAAAUUUUGGACAUUGGAGGAGAAGUUGCAAUAUACCAAUUGAAGAGAUUUCUAUGAAUUUUGACAGCCAUACAGAAGAAACAAGUAGCUUUACAAUAUAGCAGCUGUAGCACCCUCUCUACCCUCUGUAACAGAAGGGAACAAUUAAAAUGCAUCCGAGAGCUAUUUCCUCUUUGAUGAAACUUAACAUCCAUGUUACUCUACAAGUCAAAUCUGAAGUGAUGUUCUGACACAUGAACCAGCCAAGAUGUUGCAAAGUAGUUCAAAAUAGAAUAAGACCAAAAAACAUAUAGUAAAGGUAAUGAAAACAACAGAAACAGGAGUUCAGCUUGAACGCUUGAAAAAAGUGGAAUUUAAAGCAGAGGUGGGCAAACUACGACCUGCAGGCCACAUCCAGCCCACAGGACCAUCCUGCCUGGCCUUUGAGCUCCUGGCUGAGAGGCUAGCCCCCAGCCCCUCCCCUGCUGUCCCCCCUCCCCUGCAGCCACGCCGCCAGCGCAGCUGGCUCCAGCUGGGUGGUGCAGCUGCCAGUCCUGCCACUCUGAGUGGCAUGGUAAGGGGGCGGGGGUGUUGGAUAAGGGGCAGAGGGUCCUGGGGGACAGGGGAUGGUUGAAUAGGGCGGAGGUUCUGGGGGGGGCAGUCAUGGGAUGGGGAACAGGGGGAUUGGGGUCGGGACAGUCAGGGGAUAAGGAGCAGGGGGCAGGAUGGGUCGGGGUUCUGAGGGGGACAGUCAGGGGGCAGGAAGUGGGAGGGGGAGGGGCUGUUUGGGGAGGCACAGCCUUCCCUACCCGGCCCUCCAUACAGUUUCGCAAUCCUGAUGUAGCCUUCAGGCCAAAAAGUUUGCCCCCCCCGAUUUAAAGGGUCACAGUGCUAGGCUAUUAAUUAGAUGAGGAGUGAAUGGACUACAUACCGGUAUGCUAAUCACAACAAAUAUAUACUUAACAUGUAAAAAAGGAAAAAAAAAAAUACAUACAUAUGAUGGCACUGAAUUUUGUACCCCAGUUAAUAAUCUUCAGUCCUUUAAAAUGUAACCCUGCAGAGUUGCUUCUCAAAACUGUUUCUGGUCUUCCUGUUGAUUUAAAAUGUUUGUCUGAAAUUGCAACUCUGUUUUUCCUCAGCUGUCACUUCACAAAUGGCCUUUGAGGCCUGAGAUGAGGAAAUAGUUCAUCUCUAGUAUUUCACGGAAGCAGCAGUAAAUAGCAAGCUAUGGUCCAGUGUUUUAUGAUUCCAAAUGUGUGUGGCACAUUUAAAAGAGUUCCUUUUCUGUAACAACACAGAAUGCCUUUUAAUUAUAUUCUGCUUGCACUAGAUUGCAAUGAGUCCUAUUUCCUAUUAUAGGCACAUGCCAAAUCUUUGGUUUUAAUCCAUAUUCAUAAGAGAUUACUCAGAGCCUCAUUUUGGCCAUUUUCUGCAAGGCAAUUCAUAUUUCCUGUGACCUCUAUAAAAUGCUUUGGGAACUGAUGUAACAAUCAGCGACACUUAUGACCUAAUUUUGAACAUGUAGCCCUUAAUGUGUUAUAGAAAAUUAGUUUUGAUUUGUAAAUGUAUUGCAUGCAUUUAUGGAUAUUUUGCAGGUGCACUUCAAGCACUACUCUCUCUAGCUUUAGCUCACAGAGUAUAAAUAACUGGUUGAAGAAAGAGCAUAUUUAUAUAUUCAAUAGUUCAUGAAACAAUACAAUCAUGGUCCUUAGGGAAGGAAUUAGUGAGACUAAAAACACUGGCCUGUGAUAGCUAGAAGGUAGACAGUUUUUUUAAUUGUCCAUAUAAUUGUAACAUGUAAGUGUUUAAAGAAUACUCAGUUUCCUUCUACUCUCUGCAGUCUGUUUACACAAGUUUCACUGAGAGGAUGAUUUUGGUAACAAAAGUGGAUCUAAUUGGCUACAAACCCCAUGUUACAACAGUCUCAAGACAUUCAUAUGUAUUUGAUGCAGAAAAUAAGGCAAUGAAUACAGACCCCCUGAAUUAAGGAAGGUGGCUAAUCAGUCAGCAAAUCCUGUGAGCACAGGGCAAGGUAGGUGGUCAUUUGGCUACAACAUAAGCUCCCUUCCCUAGGAAGAAGGGAAAAAAACAGAAAAAAUGAGGAAGCUAGAGCAGGAAAGAGAUUGGGCUCCCAAGAGGAGGAAGGUAGAUGUGUACGUUGGCGAAAGACGAAAGGCCGGCUUUGUGGCCUCCAGUGUAGAGAAACUAAACCAUUAUUCAACAGAUCAUUCAUUGCAUGUGCUGCUGCAAGACAAUUUUGCCAGUCAGUUUUAUUGGUGAUAUGCUAAAAAGGAGGUGUUGGUGUUAUGCCCAGUAGCUAAUUUUGAGAGUUUUUUUUAAAUAUAUAAAUAAAACAACCUUUAUUUAUACUCAACAAGCCUCACUCUAGUGAAACUAACAUGCAUUGAUAUAUCUAACGUUCUUCAUCUAUAAUAUGCAUGUAUUUUGGGCUACACUCUCAACUGGCGCAUAUUGGCAUACCUCCAUGAUUUUACACAGGAUCCAGCCCUGUGUAUUUUAAAAGCAGUGUAAUCAAUAUAUUAGCAAGAAUUUAAGUCUAUACAGAAGAAACCACUCUCAGGCACCUCUACACACGGGGCCUGGCAUUUCCACAUGAAGUAGAUGCUGUGGUAAUUGCGAUAUAUAAAAAAAAAUAAAAGGUGAUACUGUAAAA